AUUCUCUCGCCGGUAAUAUUUCGCCGCCUCUCUGAAGAAAUCGAUGGAGGAAGUAUCAGUAGUAGCAGCAGCAGAGCCACCGCCACCGAUUUCAGCUCCGGUUAUUGUACACGAAGAAGAAUUUGAAGAAGAUGAUGAAGAUGAUCUCUCGCUUUCGUCAGAUUCCGAUAUCGCUGAAGCUCUUGAUUGGCUAGACGGUAAAGACGAUGACGAGCUAAUCGGUGGUGGAUUCUCUCUCCAUGCUCGUCGUCCUAAUGCUCACGGUGGACAUGGUUCACGACCUAAUUCGAGUUCUCUUCAGCCUAUAUCAAAUAAGGCGCAGAAGCUUACUGGUCAUGUUCGUGCUUCUCCUUUGGAGGGAUGGGAAGGAAGAGUUCAAGUUGGGAUGUCGAACUCUGUGACAACUGCGAUUCGUGGUAGUCUGAGGGAUACAGAAAUUGGUAGAAGCAGAAAUACUGAUAAAGCGGACCGGGCAACAGUUGAACAGGCUCUUGAUCCAAGGACCCGUAUGGUUUUGUUUAGAAUGCUUAAUCGGGGUGUGUUCAAUGAUGUUAAUGGUUGUAUUUCGACAGGAAAAGAAGCUAAUGUUUAUCAUGCCACAAAAUCUGAUGGUUCAGAACUUGCAAUAAAAGUGUACAAGACAUCCGUUCUGGUUUUCAAGGAUCGAGAUCGAUAUGUUCAAGGUGAUUACCGAUUUAGAUAUGGGUACUGUCGCCACAAUCCAAGGAAGAUGGUGAAAACGUGGGCAGAAAAAGAACAGAGAAAUCUCAAGAGGCUUCAUGCAGCAGGAAUUAGGUGUCCAGCUGUUAUACUUCUACGCCUUCAUGUUCUUGUCAUGGAGUUUAUAGGAAGGGAUGGUUGGGCUGCACCGCGUCUCAAGGAUGCUGCAUUAUCAUUAGACAAGUUACGCGAGUGUUAUCUAGAGUUGAUAAUUCAAAUGCGAGUAUUAUAUCAGAAGUGCAAAUUGGUGCAUGGGGAUCUGAGUGAGUAUAACAUACUUUAUUUUGAGGGGCACCUUUAUAUUAUUGAUGUUUCUCAAUCUGUGGAUCUGGACCAUCCUCUUGCCCUCAAUUUUCUACGGGAAGAUUGUGACCAUGUCUCAGAUUUUUUCAAGAAACACGGUGUGGCUGUGAUGACAAUACGGGAGCUAUUUGACUUCAUAGUAGACCCAACAAUUUCAGAGGAAAAUGUCGAUGGCUAUUUGGAAGAGGUCCAAAGAAAAGUUAUUGAGCGCGGAGAGAUAUCCGUUGAGGAUGAAAUUGCGGAUUCAGUAUUUAUGAAGUCAUACAUACCGAAAUCUCUAGAUGCUGUGGACAACCCGGAAGCUGAUGUAGCGAAGAUAACAAGCGGGCAGGACACUGGAGACAUGCUAUACCAAACGAUCACGGGGCUCAAGGAUGCUCUUCCUAAAGUAGAAGAGCAGCCGCAAACAGAAGUUAAUGCUGAAGCAGAGGAAGAGGAAGAAGAAGAAGAAGAAGACGAAGAAGGAAGCGAAGAAGAAAGUGAAGAAGAAUUGGGUCCUGAAGACAAGAAAGCUGCAAGGAAAGAGCACAAGAAGAAAGUGAAAGAGGAGAAAAGAGAGUCUAGGAAGAAUAAAACACCCAAAUCUGUCAAGAAGCGAAAGAAGAAAGUUUCUAAGCCACACAAGACUCGUUAAGUGGAACGUGUUAUCAUGUUUUUGAAAUCUUAUUAUUAUUUACAAUUAAAUUAAAAUUUUGUGUCAAAUUCUGUGAAAUUGAGUAUGGACUCAAAGGCUCUAUAUUUGGUAUUCUU